GUUUUCAUAUUCUCUUGGAUUACCAAAAAAAUACUGCUUGAAAAAAAUUAAUUAGAUUAAACAUUUUUUUAAUUGAAACGAAUUGUUUACAAAUAAAUAAAUAAGCAUAUUAAUGAUAUUCUUUAACGACACAAGCAAAGGAUAGGAGAUCAAAAUAUUUUAUUUGUUGUAUCGAAUUAUUGAUGAUGACAUCCUAUCAUGUAACAUAAAAGUUUCCAUUAUAAUUUUUUUCAAGAUAACAGUUAGAUGAUGACACCAGAAAUGGUUAAGAAAUAUUCUUAAGAUCAUUGAAAUAUUCUUGCAUUUGCUCGAACGCGCGUAUUUCGUUCAUAAUCAACGAACUAAUACGACACCAUUCGGAGCAUUUCGGCAGGGACGAAGCAGACGACGCGAAGGAAAGUAAGGUUAAGUCGUCGACAAUUUCUUUCGUAUUAAAAGACUGAGAGUGAGAUAGAUAGAUAGAAAGAAAAAAUGGCAAGAUUGUUUACACGUAUAAUUAAGCAUUCUUUUGAACAAGUGCUUUCACACAGGACUCAAUUAUUACCAAAUUCAUUUCUGUCAACUUCGCGUUAUUUAUCUACGACACAACAAUUAAAAUCGGAAAGAUGGUAUACGGAUACACACGAAUGGAUCAAAAUAGAUAAUAAUGUAGGAACGGUUGGGAUAUCUGAUCAUGCACAAGAUGCACUCGGUGAUGUAGUCUAUGCUCAACUUCCAGAUGUUGGGUCUGUCUUUAAAAAAGAAGAGGAAUGCGGUGCUUUGGAAUCCGUUAAAGCUGCGUCCGUAUUAGUAAGUCCUGUAAGCGGAACCGUAGUAGAAAAAAAUAAUGCGCUGGAAAGUAAACCAGGAUUGAUUAAUUCUUCUUGUUACAAUGAAGGAUGGUUAUACAAAGUACAGUUAAGUUAUCCAGAGGAAAUCAAGAUGCUUAUGGAUGAAAAAGCUUACGAACUAUUUUUGAAGUCUGGCGCCCACGAAAAUGGGAAUCGUGAAAAUCCUUAAAACGCAUAUUUUCAUAUCUCAUCGUAUGAUAAAAAAAGUUAUUCUCAAUUGUACAUAUCUAUAUUAUAAAAGCAUUUCAAACACAAUCUGUUUUUCAUUCAAAGCAGAUAUCGUUUUUUCUUCUGUUUUAUUUCUUUUAUUUAUUUAUUCUCGAGGCAUAAAAAUACAAUGGACACAAAUGAUUUUGACAUAGAUGAAUAUCAAAAAUAAUUGAUUGCUUUUAUAAAUAUGGGCAUAUCCUUGACAAAAUCUAAAGUGAAUCACAGAAAAUGAAGUCAGUUUGAUUGCGAAUAUUUUAUCAAAUAGCAGCAGAUUCUUUUUUUUCUUUCUUUUCUUUUUUUCUUGUUUUUAAUUAAGAACUUUAAAUUUUUUAAAUAUCAUUUAUCUGUAAUUCUUAAUCUAUAGUUAUUAGCGAAGUUGUUUUCCUUUUUAAUAAAAUAGGAUUGCAUAUCCUAAAAUUGUGUUCUUACAACGUAACUGCAUUUAUUUUGUUUUCAUAUCAUGACAAUAUAAUAAUAUUUUAGCGUGGAAGGAAUAAGCACGAAGUGUAGAUCUUUAAUUAAUUGGUGCAAUUGUAAAUUAUAAAUUACAGUUAAAAUACUUUAGCGUACACAAAUACAUCGACAUAAUGAAAUAUUUUGCAAAUACGAAUAUCGUGUUAAAUAUCAUUUUAAUUUAUUUUUAAAGAUGUUGGUUGUCAUUAAUUUUGUUUGUUCGAUAUGUUUUUAGAUAAUAGUUAUUGUUUUUAUUUGUUUAAACAAAGGAUAUGAAGGAAUCAUAUUGUCAUGCAUGAUGGGUAUUUAAUGAAUGCAACGAAGAAUAAUAUGACAUUAUUUAAGAGAUUCUGAGAAGAAAUAAUAAUUUGUUAAUAAUAAAGAUAUAUUUACAAUUAUUGAAUCUUUUCUACAUAAUUUACAAUUGCCAGCUUCUAAUGGCAGUGUUAACAACGUAUGAAUUUUCCCUUUCGUGUUAAAAUAAAUUUCCGUGAUAUAUAUAUGCAUAUAUAUAUAUAUUUAUAUAUCCGCGCGAUAAAGGGGGGAAUCACAUUUAUAUUAAAUUAUAUAUCAUAUUUUGUCUAGUUAACAUUUUGCAAAGAGAGAGAGAGAGAGAGAGAGAGAGAGAGAGAGAGAGAGAGAGAGACAGACAGACAGAGAGAGAAAGAGAAAGAGAGAGAGAGAGAGAAACAAAAGAGAGGUAUAUAUUGAGCUGAAUUUCUAUAUGCAACGUUUUAUUUAAUAAUAAUUGUUAUUAAAAGUUAUGUAAAAUAAUGAAUGAAACGAUUUUGGAUUUUUUUGUUGUUUUAGCUUUGAACAUAGACAAAAAGCAGUCAAUUAAAAACUAAGAUAUUCGAAAUGAGAGAUAUAAUAAUUUGGGACAAUUAAAAUAAUAUUGAUGAUUAUUUAGUAAGACCAGGAUAGCGAUCAGCACAGUUUACCGAAAGUAAAUGAAAAAAAGUUAUAAUAUAAAUAUGACACACGUUUUUAACUUGCCUUACCCAAACAGCAACGCGGAACCAUGCGUGUAUAAUUAACCUUUGACAUUAUUUACUAGACUUCUAUUUUGGUACAAUAUACAGAGCGCAAGUAUAAUUUAAUUAGUAACAUGUAUAUUUAUAACUAAAGCAUAGCGACAUGGACAUACAACAAAUACAAUAUUUUUCUCAAUGGAACUUUUUACAUUGUGGUGGUAUAUGCUUUAAUGCAUAAUAUGAAUUAGUGCAACUAAAAGUACCUUUCUAUGAAAAACAACAUCCUUUUUAUUGUUUGCGGAUUGCUGUCAGAGUGUGUAUACUGAGGUAUGCGGUUACUAAAAAUGUAAAAGUAUAAAAACUUAAUACAGUUAUGAGAAGAGGUAGUCAUUCCUGUUUGAGUGAAAUAAAACUGUGCUUUCGAAGGGA